AAACAGUGUGGGAGCGAGAGAGAUCGUGAACAAGCCAGAGAACUCGUGAGAAACUGGCGGAUGGGCCCUUCGGAACUACCGGUUCCGGAGUGCAGUGCGGCGCAGGCCCCUCGCUCUGCCUGUUCUCAUUGGACGAGCGCGGACUUUCCCAGGAGGCCUCGCGCGGGCGGGGCGCUUUACGCGGAAGCCGUUGGCGUCCUGUCCCAGCCUUAUCUGGGCGCCGACUGUUGCCGGUAUCCCGAUCGUCAGUGCCGAGCCGUGCCUCUCCGCCCUCGGCCCGUGCGCGCUCACGGGGUUCCGGACAGGAGAAAUAAUUGUAACCAUAAUGGAGGAAAUUUCCAAUACAUAGGACACCUGAAUUCAUUUUUUUCUUCAUUUGAGAUUGACGCCAUGGCCAUUCUGUUUGCUGUUGUUGCAAGGGGAACCACUAUUCUCGCCAAACAUGCUUGGUGUGGAGGAAACUUCCUGGAGGUGACAGAACAGAUUCUGGCUAAGAUACCUUCUGAAAAUAACAAACUAACAUACUCACAUGGCAAUUAUUUAUUUCAUUACAUCUGCCAAGACAGGAUUGUUUAUCUUUGUAUCACUGAUGAUGAUUUUGAACGUUCCCGAGCCUUUAAUUUUCUGAAUGAGAUCAAGAAGAGGUUCCAGACUACCUAUGGUUCAAGAGCACAGACAGCACUUCCGUAUGCCAUGAAUAGUGAGUUCUCAAGUGUCUUGGCUGCACAGCUGAAACAUCACUCUGAGAACAAGGGUCUAGACAAAGUAGUGGAGACUCAAGCCCAAGUGGAUGAACUGAAAGGAAUCAUGGUCAGAAACAUAGUCUGUCACCUUCAAAACGACAAGCAGAAAUCUUGCCCGAGCCAUGUGUAUGAAGAAUCUCAAGCUCACGGUCAUCAUUAUCAUCGUAUCAAUUGUAUUCAUCUAUAUCAUUGUGUCACCUCUUUGUGGUGGAUUUACAUGGCCAAAAUGUGUGAAGAAAAAAAGAAAAAAUUGUUAUUAACCAAGAGAACAGGAGUUGGAAGCAAUCCAUGUGACUCAAGCCUUUUAAAACCAACAGAUGAUUCUACUAGUCUCUUCAACCCCUUUCUUUUUGUAAUAUUGUUCUUUACUUUCAGAUUUAUCUUUGUCCUCUUAACCAGUUUAUUCCAUAAUACUUCAGACUGAAUUGAUACAAUAAUGUCUUUAAAAGGCUUAGCAUUUGUUUCUUUGGUUUAUUAACAUAUUGUUAUCUACUUAGAGAAAGUUGUCUGCAGUUGUGCAAAACUGUCACCAAGGUAGAAAUAACCAUUUUUAACAUCUGUCUACUAAAACUAUGCAGGAAAUUAGUAUGUGUACAUAAAAGAAGUACUUGAGAGACAGUAUUAAGUAACAUCUUAACGUGCUUUGUUAUUGAUGAGUUUGAGGUGCCUCAAACAAUGUAACUGGAGAAUAGUUGUUAUUUGGAGAAUUAAAAUCAGUGUUGGGGCCGGAGCGAUAGCACAGCGGGUAGGGCGUUUGCCUUGCACGCGGCCGACCCGGGUUCGAUCCCCGGCAUCCCAUAUGGUCCCCCAAGUACCGCCAGGUGUAGUUCCUGAGUGCAAAGCCAGGAGUAGCCCCUGAGCAUCGCUGGGUGUGACCCAAAAAGCAAAAUAAAUAAAUAAAUAAAUAAAUAAAAUAAAAUCAGUGUUGGUGCUGCUUGUUUUUAGGAGCCCCAGCUGAUAAUAUAUUAUCAUUAUCUCUGCCAAUUGUAGGGAACAUAUUGUUAAGCUCAUUAGAAGCACAGGAAUUAUCCUUACCCUCAUACUGUUCACUUUCAGGAAUAAAAGUUGUACUGUUUCAUAAACCUCAUAUCUGUUUCCAGUGGCAGUUGGUUUGAGAAGGUGAUUUAAAAAUGUUGAAGAUGGUUGUUUUUCAUAUAUUCCUUUUCACGGGAUAUUUAGGACUAUUAUCUAGUUAAUGAGUAGGUAGGGGAGGGAGUAGGGACGCAAAUUCCUCUGACCAAAGAUUGUGAAGAGAACAACUAUGGAUUUUUACUUUUUUGAGGGAGGAAAGUGGGAAGUUUUGUCCAGUCUGGGAAAAGCCCCAAUUGGAUAAAGUCAACAGUUGACUCCAGGAUUUGAGCUUAACUGCUGUUGAAUAAUAGUUUGAGCAUUGUUUUUUGGUUAAAUAAUUUCUUUAAUUUGCCCAGUUUUGAGAAACCUUUUGUGAAACUAGAGAGUGUGAUAUUUAGAAGCAAUACAGACAAUUUAACAACUGUAGUAUGAAAAAACUAGAGUGUACUCGUACUGCUUCAACUCGGCAUCUCUUAGUAUGUUAUUUUGGGUGAUUAUUGAAAAUGAAAAUAUUUACUGUUCUAGAUCAGAUUGCAUUUAUCAGUAAGUGCCAGUAUGUGGAAAUUAUCUUAAAGUUGACCAGUUCCUCAAUGAAAGAACAAUCAUUCUAUAAAAAUUAGCCACUUGUUUAGCCUAACCAUGUGCCUUGAAUAUAUAUGUUUCACAUAAUCUGGCUUAUGCUACCUGUUGUUCCAUCUAAAUAUUUUUACUCAUGCUGUCUGAAUUAUUUUUUGACAUAUAUUUUUAAGACUUACUGGAACUCUCUUCCCAGUGGUCUUGCACAGUGUAAAUGUUUUUCCAGUAUCAUUCAUCAAUACUAAUGCCUUUUCAUUACAUCAGCAUUUCCUAUUGGAAAACUUAUCUGCUCCUGGAAAACACUUGGCAUUCUAGCAUAGUAAUGUCCAAAUACUUUAAUUUGAGGAGAAGAACCUAAGAUUAUAUCCCUCCCUUUAAUAUAUACCUAACUAAAACUGAUGUGCAUGUUUUAAGGAUCAAAUACUUAACUGCCCCUUGGUAUAUUUAUGUAAUAAUGCUUUUAAAGGUACAUAUCUUGUUUUACAUGAAUUUGAGAGCAUUAAUAAAAUUUAAGAGAAUUCAG